AUGUGCAAGUUCUUCUCGGCAGGCUUGGAAGGCGAGGCGAGGAAAUGGUUUUACAACCUCGAACCAGGGAUAAUUUACAGUUACGAGACUCUAGUCGAAGCCUUCCUUGAAACGUACAUGCACAACAGCAGACCUCGGUCCAGGGUCAACAAGUUAUUCACCUUGGCCAGACGGUUUAGAGAACCUCUCAGAUCCUUGACCGAUAGAUGGAGAAAUUUGUGUAUGGAAAUUGGGAAAGUACCAGUCGACCAGCAGAUAUUCAGGUUCGAAAAUGCACUUGGGAGAUCGGAUCCCAUCUGGGUAGACAUGUUCACUGAGAAACCACAAAUGUUGAAAGAAAUGAGGAAAAUGCAAGAGCAUUUCAUCUCCAUAGAAGAAAUCCAGGAAGAGUCAAGAGAUAGAGGAGUGCAAGAAGCUAGUGCAGCGCCCGAGUCAGCGUCGGACGAUACUCAAAGACGGCCCGAGAAGAGACCAAGUUCCCCCGUGCGAGGAAAUGAGAAGAAGGAAUGGAUAGCUAAAGGGAAGAGCCCAAGUCACGAGGCGAGAACAGAUGGUUAUCUGAGACAGUUCGUCCGACAUCCAGCCCAUACGACCGCAGUUCCCAAUGCACCAGUUCAUCAGGUUCAGAUCGACAGAUCCACACAGUUUGUCAACACGAUUUCGCAUUCCUCCACUCAAGCGUACAUUCUGAAUCCUGGAGUAGUGUCUAGAAUCCACAAGAGAGAUCAUAGUGGGAAGGAAAUUUUCAGUGUAGCAAAGGCUUUGCCUAUGGAACCAUGGAUGGUGCGACCUAUCUUUUUCUCGGCCCAGGAUAUACCGAUGAACGGCCAAGCUCACAGUGAUCCUUUGGUUAUUACCCUGCUAAUUGAGGAAUGGGGGGGGGGGGGGGUAAGAAGGAUACUAGUAGAUAAUGGGAGAUCAGUCGAAGUACUCUUCUACGAUACGUUCAAAAGGAUGGAGUUGUCAGAUUAUAUACUUGUCCCAUCGACAUAUCGUAUCUAUGGUUUUAAUGGGACCGUAACCAUCCCAAAGGGCAAAGUAACUCUAAGGGUAUCAGACGGAGGUGGUUACCUAGAUACUUUAACCACAUUCUGCGUGGUUGACGUCUCCUCGCCCUAUGAAGCUAUAGUCGGAAGACCAUGGAUCGCGGGAAUCAAAGGAGUGGCAUCGGCCUAUCAUCAAAGGCUACGAUUCCCAACGUACAAGGGGAUAGACGAGUUCGUAGGAGUUCCACAGGCAACCCGAGAAUGCAUGCAUGUCAAUGCCCAGAUAAAUGAGGAGAGGCGAGCACGACAAAGGGGAGAUAAGAAAAGGGCUAAAGAAGCCAAAGUCACGGAAGAACUGGAAAGAGUUAUUUCGCAGGCGAUCAUGACUUACGAAGCACAAGGAAACGAGCCUUCAUAG